GUCAAAUAAACAUCGUGACGUCACAGUGUCAUGGCGGCGAGCGGUUCGGCAGUGUCAGUAUUAACUCCAAACGGCAGAAGACAAACAGUAAAAGUGUCUCCAAACACACCGUUAUUACAGGUUCUUGAGGAUGUGUGCAAGAAACAUGACUUUAAUCCUGAUGAAUAUGGACUCAAGUUUCAGAGGACCGUUCUAGAUUUGACUCUGCAGUGGAGGUUUGCCAGUCUGCCAAAUAAUGCCAAAUUGGAGAUUGUGCCAUGUUCACGUAAUCAGAUGGCAACAGAGAGUGUGGUCCGAAUCGCCCUGCAGUUGGAGGACGGCUCGCGUCUUCAGGGAAAUUUCUCCAACGGGAAGACCUUAUGGGAUCUACUGAGCAAUUUUCCUGAGACCAGGAUGGUUGAACAGGAGGCGUCUGGACCCACACCAGUCUGUGUUUACAUGAGGGAUGAGAUCAGUGGUGAGGCGGCGCUGAAGAAAACCACCUUAAAGUCUCUGGGUCUCACAGGAGGAAGUGCCAUCAUAAGAUAUGUACUUAAAGCCACCCCUGAUCCAGGUGAGCUUAAGGAUGCUGUCACUACUCCACCGGAGGCCGUCGCCAAGGCAACCGCAUCACAGCCUCCUCCUCCAUCAGAACCAUUGACCCUCCCCGAUCAGCCAGAGCAGGCCACACCUGUUCCUGUACCUGUGAAGACCCCAGCUCCACCUGCUGAGGUCAUUGCCCAGGUGAAGCAGACACUCGAAGAGCCUGACAAAGGCCAAGAGCAAAGUGUGCGACCUAAAACUAAACCAGCUGCUGAUUCCAAACUAAUGACACAUACAGACGAUGAGCGACCGAGUACAUCCCAACAACAACAGAGCUCCGCCCACUCGGCCACGCCUUGUAAUGUUGUGCCAUUUUCUGGAGGUGGUCAUCGUCUGGGAGGUCCUGGGUCGAGUGGAAUGAAGACUUCAACAUCAUGGACGUCUUCUGUAUCCGCCAGCCCACCCAAAGCUAAGAAACCCAAACCGAACCUUGACGUCAAAUCUGUGCAGCCUGUCGACAGAGAGCCGCUGGUCUUUCAUCUGGACUCAGGAGGAGCUCGACACCAUGAUGAUGGAGAUUUACCGGAUGAGUUUUUUGAGGUGACAGUGGAUGAUGUGAGGAAGAGAUUCGCACAACUGAAGAGUGAGAGGAGAGCUCUUGAAGAAGCUCCUCUCAUGACUAAAUCUCUCCGAGAGAAUCAGAUGGAGGAGAAGUUAGACAGGUAUCCAACGGUGGUGUUGAGAAUCCAGUUUCCAGACCGCCAUGUUCUGCAGGGUUUCUUCAGACCUCUAGAAACAGUUGGUGAUGUGAGAGAUUUCAUCAAAUCUCAUCUGCAGGAUCCACAAGUGCAGUUUUACCUUUUUGUUGCUCCACCUAAAACCAUCCUGGAUGAUCCCAGUGUCACACUCUUCCAGGCGAGUCUUUUCCCUGCUGCUGUCGUGUACUUUGGCUCAGAUGUGAGAACAGACUGUUAUCUGCACACUGAUCAUCUGGAUCACAGCGUCUCCGCCCUACAGGCAGACCAGAUCAUCACAGGCUGUAUGCCGCGCUCUCCACUUCCCGUCACUUCAUCCGUCUCGUCUGAAGAUGCUCUUGAAGAUGAAGUGUUAACAGCUGAAUCGUCUGGUUCCUCCGGCCAGCAGAGGGCGAUGGAGGGCGACUCCGGCUCUCAAAGCUCAGCAUCCAAACCCAUAAAAACCGACCCCAGCAAAGUGCCCAAGUGGCUUAAAUUAUCAGGUAAGAAAUAAAUCUGAAGCAGAUCUGGAAACCAGAAGAAGAGCAGGAAUUAUCCGGCUGAUGACCGUAGUGACACAACUGUGACAUCACAGAUGUAGAUUGGUGAUUUCGCCAUAAUUCAUUCAAUUAAAAUCAUGUUGUCAAUUGCCAA